AUGCGGCCACCUGAAUGGACGGGUGCCAUAGGUGCGUCCCGCCGAGUGGCUUGCGGCUGGAGUCUUGGGUCUACUUUCCCAAGAACACUUUGCGCUGGUGCCCGAAAUAAGCGCCAAAAGUCAGCCCUGCUGCACCGCGCCAAACGAUGGACGAAUAACCAUCACCCCCAACGGCAACGUCUUCGAACGCGAGCGAGCCUGCGUCUCUGA